AUGACCGACAAGAAGACAACAACACCAAAAAAGGUUCAAAGUGAUGCGACGAAACCGAAGAAAGUUGCCGAUGAUUCGAAGAAACGCGAAGUCAAGAAGAACUUUGACUCCUAUGCGCUUUACAUCUCACGAGUUCUGCGCUCCGUCUUCCCAGACAUUGGAAUCACACUCCCAUCGGUCAGUGUGAUGGACUCUUUCGUCAGAGACGUGUUCGAGAGAAUCGCUAUCGACGCCUCAGCACUCUCAAGAAACUCUGGAAAGGCAACAGUCACACAAAAGGAAAUCGAAACAGCUACAAAACUCAUCUUACGUGGUGAUCUCUCUAAACAUGCACUUUCUGAAGGAAAUUCGGCUGUUCUUAGAGCACAAGGCAAAGCAAUCACUACCAGCGCCUCUAACUAA